UUGACUUCAGGCACGAAACGAGUGUACUACUGCCAGCGGUGCCUCAAUCACAAUCGUCUGGAACCGCGGAAAAACCACAAAUGUGAAUGUGCAUACGCAAAUUGCGCCUGUAACAAAUGCAUACUAGUGGAGAAGCGUCGAGUGCUGAAUACUCAGCUGCACGAGCUGGAAGAUGUUGCUGACGUGGAAAAUGAGGCUGACGCGGGCGAACAUUAUGGCUUGGUUGGCAGACCUAAAGGAGGUAAUCCACUUCACCGGGUCGGAUUAGUUUCACUGAGCGGUUCCCGUGCUUGA